UUUGCUGCUCCGCUCAUCGCAGCGUUAUACCUUCCCUGACUCUCAGCACUCCAGCAUUGCUGUGCAAGCAGAUGUUCCUCCUCUGGUGCCAAUUCUUACAAUUUUUUUUUGCAUUUGGAGAAGGUGUUCUUUCGCGGGGAAGGCUGCAAAGUGACAAGAAACAACAAGAAAACUGGACUCCCUCCUCGGCUCAGUGAGAGAGGGAGAGUUGUGAGCGGAUAGCGGCUUUUUUUUCUCCUCCCCGGACAAAUACAGUACAGUCAACCCGCGGCGGCGAGCGAGGAAGCAGUUGUAUUUACCACACCUGUGAUGCGUUGUUCUGAGCAACGAAGACGCACGACCGGGAUACAGAUGGCCACGCUACGGCGGGAGGAUAUGUGUUGAGGAAAAAGGACUUGGGCGUUGAGAUAAAGGCGUUAAGUGCCACAGAGGACACUCUCCGGACCUUAAACAGUUCAGUGUACCCAGCGUUUCUUCUCUGCUCCCUGCCUUUUGAAACUUAAGUGAUAAAAAACCACGAAGAUGCCCUUACUUCUGGGCCCCUUUGUCCGCUGUAGGUUCAGCGCUACGCUCCUUGUGCUCUGGCUCGUGUUCGCUGGCUUCACCUGCACUGGCUCCGAGCACGCCGCCACAGCAACACUUCCUGCCGCCUUCUCGGACCUGUUACCUCACUUCCUGGUGGAGCCAGAGGACGAGUACAUUGUGAAGAACAAGCCGGUGACGCUGACCUGCCGCUCCACCCCAGCUACGCAGAUCUACUUCAAGUGCAACGGCGAGUGGGUUCACCAGGACGACCACUUGAUUGAGCGGACUGUUGACCCAGCCACAGCGCUGCCAGUCAUGCAGGUGACAAUUGACAUCACCAGACAGCAGGUGGAGAAGAUCUUCGGUCUCGAUGAGUACUGGUGUCAGUGUGUCGCCUGGAGUACCACCGGAACCCAGAAGAGCCAAAAAGCGUACAUCAGAAUUGCUUACCUGAGAAAGAACUUUGAGGAGGAGCCGCAGGGUAAAGAGGUGGCAUUGGACCAGGAGGUGUUACUGCGCUGCCAUCCCCCCGAGGGAGUGCCACAAGCCGAGGUGGAGUGGCAGAGAAACGAGGAUGUUGUCAACCCAGUGAGCGACCCCAAUUUUUUCAUCACGGCUGACCACAAUCUCGUCAUCAAAAAAGCCCGGCUGGCGGACACAGGCAACUACACGUGUGUGGCCAAAAACAUCGUUGCUCGCCGCAAAAGCACCUCUGCCACGGUCCUAGUCUAUGUCAACGGCGGCUGGUCCACGUGGACCACCUGGUCGUCCUGCAGUGCCGUGUGUGGGCGUGGCUGGCAGAAGAGGAGUCGGAGCUGCACCAAUCCUACGCCACUGAAUGGAGGCACAUCCUGUGAGGGGCAGAACGUCCAGAAAAGUGCCUGCGUGGCCACCUGUCCAGUUGACGGAGGCUGGAGUGAGUGGAGCAAGUGGUCGGCGUGCGGCGCAGACUGUUCAAUGUGGAGGAGCAGGGAGUGCACCCAGCCUUCACCUGGCACAGGGGGCAAAGAAUGCCAGGGGCUCGACCUCCAGUCGCUCAACUGUACCAGCGAGCAGUGCCCACAGACUGUGAGCGGGGCAGAGGACGUGGCACUCUACGUGGGUAUGGUGGCGGUGGCUCUGUGUCUGACUCUGCUUCUCAUCGUGGUAGUCUUGGUCUACCGGCGCAAGAAGGAGGGCCUGGAUGCCGACGUGGCAGACUCCUCCAUCCUCACCACUGGCUUCCAGCCCAUGGGCAUCAAGCCCAGCAAGCCAGGUGUGUGGGCACCGCGGCCACGCAGGCCUCCCCCCCACAGCAAGAAUUCCCAUUUGCUCACCAUCCAGCCUGAUCUAACCACUACCACCACCAGUUACCAAGGCACCCUACGCUCUCGCCAUGAUGCCACUGGGAAGUUUUCAAUGACCAACGGGCCUCUGCUGGACCCGCUUCCCAACGGCUCGCACACUCUGCACAAUGGCAAGCUUAAUUCGGACCCCGCUGAGUUUGUGAGCAGGCUGUCUACUCAGAGCUACUUUAAAACGCUGCCCCGUGAUGUAGCCAACACCUCCUAUGGGACCUUCAACUUCCUGGGAGGGAGGCUGACGAUCCCUAACACAGGAAUCAGUCUGCUCAUUCCUCCCGAGGCCAUCCCCAGAGGAAAGAUCUAUGAGAUUUAUCUCACUGUUCAGAGGAAGGAAGAUUUAAGGUUACCCCUGGCAGGCUGCCAGACCCUGCUCAGUCCCGUUGUGAGUUGUGGCCCUCCUGGGGUGGUCCUGAGCCGGCCAGUUAUCCUCAGCAUGGACCACUGCUCUGACGCAUGCCUCGAUAACUGGGCCGUCCGCCUCAAGAAGCAGAACUAUGAGGGCGCUUGGGAGGACGUCCUGCUGAUGGGGGAGGAGCUGGUGUCAGAGCCCUAUUAUUGCCAGCUUGAGGCCGAGACGUGCCGGCUUUUCACGGAGCAGCUGGGCACUCUCGCCCUGGUGGGAGAGUCCCUGCACAUGGGCGCUGCCAAGCGCCUGAGGCUGGUGCUCUUCUCUGACGCAUACUGCUCCACGCUGGAGUACAACAUCAGGGUCUACUGUAUGGACGACACGCAGGACGUCUUCAAGGAGGUGAUGCAGAUGGAGCGCCAGCUCGGGGGUCGGCUGAUUGACGAGCCUCACGUCCUGCUUUUCAAAGACAGCUACCACAACCUGCGCCUGUCCAUCCAUGACAUGCCCCAGGCACACUGGAGGAGCAAGCUGCUAGCCGGUUACCAGGAGAUCCCGUUCUACCACAUCUGGAACGGUUCCCAGCGGUACCUGCACUGCACGUUCACUCUGGAGCGACUCAGCCUCAGCACCUGUGAGCUCACCUGCCAGCUGUGCGUGUGGCAGGUGGAGGGGGAGGGACAGAGCUUUAGCCUCGACUUCAACAUUGCCAAGGACACCCGAGCCGUGGACUCUGAGUUUCUGUUAAUGGACAGUAACGCCACAGCUCUGGCAGGGCCCAGCGCCUUUCAGAUCCCGUACCUCAUCAGGCAGAAGAUCUGCAGCAGCCUGGAUGCCCCCUGUCCCAACGGAUCCGACUGGAGAAUGCUAGCACAAAGACUUAAACUUGAGAGACACAUGAGUUUCUUUGCAUCCAAAGCGAGCCCAACCUCUGUGAUCCUGGACCUGUGGGAGGCACAACAUUUCCACAGUGGCAACAUCAACCAGCUGGCCACGGUCAUGGCUGACAUUGGCAAACAGGAAGCCAUGAUAUUCCUGGUCUCUGAUGGCGAGUGCUAACCCAGAACAGGGGGAGAGACUGGUGCAGAGGAAAAGUACAGAACACAACAACACACAAAAAAAAAACAACGGCAGCAGGAAUCGAAGAGGAGAGCUCUCCCAAUGUCCCUCUUCUUCUGAAGAUAGUAAAGGGUUUAUAUAGGAUUGAGUCCGUUUCCCAUCGAACAGAGUAAAAAUCUUUAAACUGACCAAAUAAGGGAAAAGGAAGUGUUAUGGGGUGUGGGGAAAUGUAUCCAUGAACUCGAGAAAGUAGAGAAAAUACCCUUUAUUUUCCAUCAAAGAUCUAAGUUAAAUUAGUUCACACCAUGGCUCUACUUUAAAAAUAACAUUAAAUUAACUUCAUGCCUUUUUUUAUAAAUAGCCCAUUAUGGCUAAUCUGGAGCAAUAUGCAAACGUAAUGCUAUUACUAAUGGCCUAUAUUUCGCAAAUUCAAUGAAUCAUUUUGGAACCUAGAAAAUGAUUAGAUAUUAAAUAAAAGGGAUGUGACAAAAGGUGCCAGUCAUUUCAGGUUCAAGAGAACAGGCGACAUAUGCAACUGGCAGAUUUGUUACAUGACAUUAACACAGACACUGAGCACAUUUUCGACAAGGUCAUCAGGGUCUGUAAGCGUCCCCUCCCGUCCCGCCUACUCCCAAACCCUGUCUCAUAUGUGUCAUUAUCUGUUUCUUAAAACACACACAUAGAUGGCUUGUAGCACAUCCUGGACUCGCAGGUUUUAAAUAGAUUGUAUGUCAGAGGCCCAAAAACCUGUCUCAUCUCGUUUGUGUGUUUUUUAGUCUAACCGGUAUCACUACUGUGAAUGUAACAUCUUGACAUCUUGAUUCAGCGAGACGCUUCGCAGCUUUCCUGCUUCUAAAUCAAUAUAUGUGGGGUUUGGGUUCUUUGAACUUUUUUGAGGGGGGAGUGAGUAAUAUCUUCACUAAAGUCAUAUUUCAGAAGCCAUUUCUAUGGAAAGCCUGUGAAUUUGAUCUGUCCGCGUCUCUCAUUACUCCAAUUGUUCAUCGUGGCUUUUUUUUUUUUUUUAAUUCCACAGCUAAUGAACGAGCCAUAGGCUUCCAGCUGCAUAUACAUGAACACUGAAUGUCGUCGCUCAUUUCUAAAAUGACAUUUUCCUCCUGAUUACAUUGAUUCUGUAGCAGAGAGGAUGUUAAAACAUAAAAGCAUGGCCAAAAGGGUUAUUAUCCCAUAUGAAUAAUGCAGAGCACUUUCCCACAGAAGAUCUGACAACAAAUUCUUCAAAAUCUUCACCAGAUUACUCACGUUGAAAGAGUGGUUGUGCAACUUUGUUUUUAUAAUUCAUAAAGCAAUGUUGGUGGGAAUUCUAUAUUUGCUGUGUGGCAAAUAGUAUUUCCACAUCAGAGAAACGCCUGUCUCUCAGAGAAAGUUAAGAGUGGCUUAUACAUAAUGUCACGCCUCUGCUCACAAAAGAUGCUUUGAAAGGAUUUCUUUCAGUUUUAUUUCCAGCCAGGAAGGCAAAAAUGAUCCAGCAGAUUCAUGCAACAAAUCAUAAACUGCAACUACGCACUUGCUUAUCAUAUUUUGCUACUGCAUUCAUUUACAGAGUUCUUUCCUAUUAUUAAUGGAUCUGUCAGGUCAGGCAACGUAAAAUACACAGAAUAUCUUUCUUUAAAGUGCAGUGGUUCAGUAAUUAUUCUUUGUAAAAGGUGUGAGCAAUCCCAAACUAGCCAUAGUUCUCUCUCCGUCUGCCUCAGGGUUGCAUGUGAAGUUGUCUGUUCAAGUUGUAAAGAGAGCCCCUUUUCAUUCAGUCCCUCCCUAUUCAAACAGCUAGCACAGCCCAUCCUACCAGCUCCUGUGGCUUCAACCUUUAACACUAACUGGAGCCUCUUUUAUGAUUGUCAGAUAUUUGGAAUGUACAUUUAUGUUUCCUUGUAGUGGGGGAAAAGUGUGUCUUUCUUUUUUCCCUUAAGUGUUUAGAAGUUACUUUAUAUUUGUGUGGCAUCUCGGCACCCGAUCAGUCUCUUUCUCAUCCUGCGAAACACGCCUCCUCUUGACCAACGCGCUUUAACAAACUCCUGUAUUAUUUGAUGUAGAGAUGCCAUGAAAUCAAAUUAAAAACAUUUUUUAUCCACUUUAAGAAACCCUUGGAUCAAGCCCCAUUCAGACAAAACGACGAUAUCACCUUAAAUAAAUCUUUUCAUGUUGAAAUGGAUCAUCGUCACAUGUAAUAUGUAAAUACUUUUUCUAUACCAGCCGUGUGCUGUCACUUUGCAUACUGUAUAUCAGCAGAAUUGGUAACCAAAGUUUUAUGAAUAUCAUUUGAGGCCACUACAUCCUCAUAUUGUAUCCAUUAAAUAUUGUUUAAGCAUUGUUUUACUUGCAGCUACUAUAGAAUAAGUCAGAGUCGCUGUCUCUUCUAAACUGGACAGUUUGGAUCAUUUCUAUAUCUCAUUUACUCGCUUUUGUCUUUGAGGCAAGUUAAUGCUGUUUGUUCAAGCGGUAAUAUGUGUCAGUUUAUUUUAUCACUUUGUAAAGAAAUGUAAAUUAUAUUUUAAUAUGAAGCCAAAAAAAGACACUUAACUGGCGCAGCAUUUGUCAAGUCUAAACCGUGACGUGUUUGCCUAUAUACUGUUCUUUGGCGAUCUAGCAGUGAAGACUUUUUGCAGUGUUAAGGGUUUAGAGACUGUUUUACAGGAAGUUUCUAUACAUAUUUUGUUCGUCCUUACUCUGCAUAUGUCUACCUGAUUAUUUCUCUAACUGUAAGCAUUUAAAUACAAGGUGGAAAUAGUCACUAAUGCUUAGUGGAUCACUACACUAGGACAUCAGUUCUCGGACACUGACGAGCCAGUGUUAACGCAGCAUGUUUUCGAUGAGCCAUGGCAGUUGUACAGUCAGACUGUGUGUGUGAAACUCUAUCACCUCUGUCAUUGUCUUGGAUGUGUUGUCUAAGCACAUUUCAGUAAUGUAAUUCACCAGCCGCCAGGAUGUUCAGCAUCUAUCUUCACAUCUAAACUCGUCCAACAAAUCUAACAAAUCUGCAAUUACUGUGCGUGUGUGAUGAAUACAGUUCCCUUCAUGAUGAGAUGUGGGCCUGAUAGUGGUGUCUAAGACUCGUGUCAGUAACAUAAAUGCUUUGUUCAAAGGUUUAUACGUUUACCCCCCGAGUUAUGGGGGCGGGGGGGAUUGUUGCAUUUCACAACUGUACUUUUUGUGUCACUCAUUACUAUUCAGUGUCAAGGAAGUAAGUGUGUGUGUGUGUGUGUGUGUGUGUGUGACUGGGUGUGUGCAUACCUCCCUGUCACUCUGACUGAACUGUUUUCUUUUUGAACUAAGAACAAUAGACUUCUGUACUUGUGAAUGGUUUUUCUAUUUAGUUCCUUGAUUCAAUGUUCCUUGCCUUUCUGCAAGUCAAAAAUGCUGUAUUUAUUACAUGCCACAGCGCUUAUGCAAUUGUAUAAUCCUUUUUUUGUUUUUGUUUUUUUAACCUUUUGUGUUCCUUAUCGUCAAUGUAAAUUGUUGUCAAAACUUUUGUGGCAAUGGAAAAACUUCUGCUAAGGGAGAUUUUCUGUACUUUUUUGGACAAUGAUAUGGAUUUGUGGGUAGAAUUUUGGAAAUUCGUUUCUAAGUGCUUUCAAGUAUUUACUUGGCCUUAUGUAUAUAUAUAUCUAUGACAUUUCAGAAAGGUAUGUAUAGUAAUUCAACCUGAAAUUGUUGUAAAUAAAUUAUAUAUUGUUAAA